UAAACAAAAUUAUUCCCCACACGCAUGAGCUCCACCUUCUCCUUUACACGCCGUCUCCUCCUCCCUCUCAGCUCACCGCCGCGCCGCGAUGGCCUAUCUUCUACCACAUUUACACUAAUUUUCUUCUUUUUGUUGCCACUGGGUUGAAGAUAUUACAGGAGCGUGAGCUGAUCUUUAUGCAGUUCAUACACAAUAGACUAUAUAUGGAUGAGCACCCUUGACAAGGUCAUGAUUUUGUUUGAUAAAGCAAGAAGACUUGGUUUGAAACUUGAUAAGUACACUUGUGCAGGAGCUCUUACAGCAUGUAGUCAAAGUGGGAAUCUUUUUGCGGGUUGAUUAUGCAAGGAUUUUGUUUGACCAUUCUGAUAAGUUAGAUGGCGUUUCUUGGAAUUCGUUGAUUGCUGGUUAUGUACAAAAUGGAAAAUAUGAGGAGCUGUUGCCAAUUUUGCAGAAAAUGCAUCAAUAUGGAUUGGCGUUCAAUACUUAUACUCUAGGAAGUGCCUUGAAGGCUUGUAGCUCAAACUUCAAUGGUUGUAAAAUGUUUGGGACAAUGCUACAUGACCUCGCAAUCAAACUUGGCCUACAUCGGGAUGUUGUUGUUGGCACUGCAUUGCUUGAUAUGUAUGCAAAAACUGGAAGUUUGGAUGAUGCUAUUCAAAUCUUUGACCAAAUGGUGGACAAAAAUGUUGUGAUGUAUAAUGCAAUGAUGGCAGGCUUGCUCCAACAAGAGACCAUUGAAGAUAAAUGUGCAUACAAAGCCCUCAAUCUUUUCUUUGAGAUGAAGAGCUGUGGAAUAAAACCUUCCAUGUUUACAUAUUCAAGCUUACUUAAAGCUUGUAUUACUGUUAAGGAUUUUGAAUUUGCAAAGCAAGUUCAUGCCUUAAUGUGCAAGAACGGUCUUCUUGCGGAUGAGUACAUUGGGAGUAGUCUUAUUGAUUUAUAUUCUCUGUUAGGUUCAAUGACGGAUGCUUUAUCGUGCUUUAACUCAAUUCAUAAUUUGACUAUAGUCCCAAUGACUGCUAUGAUUUUUGGUUAUCUUCAAAAUGGAGAAUUCGAAAGUGCGUUGUCUUUGUUCUAUGAACUUUUGACAUACGAAGAGAAACCUGAUGAAUUUAUUUUGUCCACAAUCAUGAGUUCUUGUGCAAAUAUGGGCAUGUUAAGAUCUGGAGAACAGAUCCAGGGGUAUGCAACCAAGACAGGCAUCUCGAGAUUCACCAUUUUUCAGAAUUCACAGAUUUGGAUGUAUGCAAAAUCUGGAGAUCUAUAUGCUGCCAAUCUAACCUUUCAACAGAUGGAAAAUCCUGAUACUGUGUCCUGGUCAACAACGAUCUGCAGCAAUGCACAGCAUGGGCAUGCAAUGGACGCUUUGAGAUAUUUUGAGCUCAUGAAGAGUUGUGGAAUUGAGCCUAACCACUUUGCCUUUCUUGGAGUUCUAAUUGCGUGUAGUCACAGAGGGCUUGUUGAAGAAGGAUUAAGGUACUUUGAUACCAUGGAGAAAGACUACAAAAUGAAACUUCAUGUCAAGCAUUGUGUCUGUGUUGUUGAUCUACUUGGUCGAGCUGGAAGGUUGGUUGAUGCAGAAAGUUUAAUUUUACGCUUAGGGUUUGAGCAUGAACCAGUGAUGUGGCGAGCUUUACUAAGUGCCUGCAGGAUUCACAAAGAUACAUUUACAGCACAACGUGUAGCACAGAAAGUAAUAGAGCUUGAACCUCUCGCAUCUGCAUCUUAUGUUCUUCUUUAUAACAUUUAUAUGGAUGCUGGAAACAAGUUGGCUGCCUCAAAAGUUAGAAAGUUAAUGGAAGAUCAGAAAAUUAAGAAAGAACCUGGUCUAAGCUGGAUACAAAUAGGAAAUAAAGUCUACUCAUUUGUUUCAGGCGAUCGAUCUCACGAAAACAGUGAACGUAUAUAUGCAAAGUUGGAUGAAAUGUUAGCAAGGACAAAGAGAUUAGAUUCGGCAAAGGAUGCAUUAGGUUACAAAAUUGAACAUGAAUACCUGACCAAUGUGAACUAUCACAGUGAAAAGUUGGCUGUGGCUUUUGGGGUUCUCCAUUUAGCAGAAUCAGCUCCGGUGAGAGUGAUGAAGAACCUGAGAAUAUGUUUGGACUGUCACAUGACAAUGAAGCUCUUCUCAAUAGUUGAGAAAAGAGAGUUAAUUCUUAGAGAUUCAGUUCGAUUCCAUCAUUUCAAAGAUGGGCUUUGUUCUUGUGGGGACUACUGGUAGUUGAAAUGGAUUCAUAUUUGUAGUUUAAGUCGAAAUUUGAAGUCUCAACAGACUGAGAAAAGGUUGAAUCCGAGUUUCUGUAGGCUAUCUCAUGUCUAAAAGGAUCAUAAACUAUCUGCAAGCAUGAAGACACGGAGCAUUUGUUCUCUUUCCGUCUUCUAUGUUCAUACAUAGCCUUCAAUUACAAUCUGGAGGGAGGCUAUUCCUUCUGAGAUUGCCAAGGAACUUUAGAUUUAGCAAGCUUCGGAGGAUAAGUUCUUCUGGUCACUAAUACUAAGGAAAGCUAAUACCCUUGUCCUGACUGAGGUUUGCUGUGCAGUAACAACAGUGAAAACUAAUAUCACUUUUUCUUUUGAGUACAACUGUGGGGACGGAGGAACGAGUCUUUGACCUCUAGGAAAGGUCAUACCAACUACCACCAUUGAGUAAAGUGAGUAAAAGCUAAGAUCGUAUUAGUAACUUUAUAUAUACAAAUUCUUGAUUAAAUACCUCUGAUAUUGGAGCUGGAGUCAUUCUACAAGCAUUAGGAACCUCGUUAUGAUGUCUAGGAAGACUAUCCUCCAACCUUACCAUGCUUUUACCUCCUUAUUGCAGAAGCAGGAUAGAGAUAAGUUUUAAUUUGUUAAAUUGUCAUGUAUUGCUUGAUAUGUAAAUCUGAUGCUAGAUUCCAAAUAUUUGAAAGAACUUCUUGCCUUCUUUUAGUUUCA